CCUCCAUAAAGCUGUCUUUAUGGAGCUUGUUUUGAUCAGAUUGUAAUUCGCACAGUGAUAUUAGUCUGGUAUGUCAGUAUUUGGUAUAGCUGGUACUGUUUUGUUUUAGACUCCGAAAGCAGGUUUAUAUAGCUGUUUGCACGUAUUUGAUCACAUUGGACUUUCAAGUCCAAAAAGUAGAGAAAAAAUAAUAAAAAAAAGUAGAUAAGUUUAUUAUUGUAACCUGUGGAACUUUGACUCUGAGUCUAAAGUCUAACUGCCAUGCGAUAAGACUGCUGUAGCUCAGCGGUGUUUACAAAGAAGUAUUCAGAUCCUUUACUCCACUACAAGAAAAAGCAAUAAAAAGUUACUUAAGUACAAAAAUGAACUUAAAGUAUCAAAAGUAAAAGUAUCUGUUAUGUAGAUUGACCCAAAUAUAUUAUUUGAUUAUUAUUGUUGAUGCAUCUAUGUAAGCAGCAUUUUUAUAUGGUCAAGGUCGGCUUAAUGUUGACUACUUUAUUCGCUACCAUAUGGUUUAAUUUAAGAAAAUGUGUAAUACUUUUAAAUUGAUCACGACCUUCUUGAAAAGUAACUUAAGCUGUCGGUUAAAUGUAGUGGAGCAUUUCACAGGUUCUAGCCCCUGAAAUGUGAAUAUUGCUGUUUUUUAAAAACUCAAAGAUAGUUAACUGAAUAGCUGUCAGGUUUUGGACAGUUGACUGGACUAUUUAUGUACGUUCUUUCAUCAUGGCACUGGCUGGACUGAAAGUUGUUGAGCUGGCCGGCCUGGUUCCGGCACCGUUCUGUGGCAUGAUCCUGGCAGACUUUGGAGCCAAGGUGAUCCGAGUGGACCGAACUAAAAUGGGCACGAGUAUGGACAGACUAGCACGGGGGAAACGAUCUGUGGCUGUCAACCUGAAGACGCCAGAGGGUGUAGCCCUGGUCAGGAAGCUCUGUGUCCAGUCUGAUGUGGUCAUUGAACCCUACCGUAAAGGUGUGAUGGAGAAGCUGGGCCUCUGUCCACAGACACUGUUGAAGGAAAAUCCCCGUCUGAUUUACGCUCGAUUGACAGGGUACGGACAGAGUGGAUCUUAUGCCACUGCGGCAGGGCAUGACAUCAACUACCUUGCCAUGUCAGGCCUCUUAUCCCGGCUGGGUCGCAGCGGAGAGAAGCCCUGCCCGCCGUUAAAUCUGAUGGCCGACUUUGCAGGUGGUAGUCUCACCUGUGCUCUGGGGAUAGUGCUGGCUCUGCUGGAGAGGGCGAAGUCAGGGAAAGGACAGAUCAUUGAUGCCAGCAUGGUUGAAGGAGCUGCAUAUGUAGGUUCAUGGAUAUGGAAAACUCGUAACAUGUUUGUGUGGGAUCGUCCUAGGGGACAAAACAUGUUGGACGGUGGAGCACACUUCUACAAUAUCUAUGAGACGGCAGAUGGGAAAUACAUGUCAGUGGGAACCGUAGAGUCACAGUUCUACACAGAGCUACUGAAGGGCUUAGAGCUGAACGAUGCAGAGUUACCUCCUCAGAUGAGCUUCACUGAUUGGCCAGAGCUAAGACGGGUCUUCGCCGAGCGAUUUGCUUCCAAAACUCAGGCGGAAUGGACACAGAUUUUUGAUGGGACUGACGCUUGUGUUACACCUGUGUUGUCUUUCGACCAGGUGAGCUUGCACCCACAUAACCAGGAAAGAGGCUCUUUCGUGAAGGACUCCAGCGGGGAGGAAAGCCCCCGGCCUGCCCCGGUUCUCUCCCGGACUCCUGCGGCGCCUUGCCUUGCCUCUGACCCUGCUGUCGGAGAACACACAGUUGAGGUCCUUACAGAGUUCGGGUUUACAUCAACAGACAUUGAGAAGUUGCUAGCAGCAGGGGUCAUAGAGUCUAAUCCUGUAAAGGCAAAGUUGUAAACAUAUAAUUGAGAUCCUUGAUUUAUUAAAACGAAAAAGCUCUUUUGAGCACUUUCAGUCACAUUGAAAUCAUGUCUGAGAUCAGUUUGUUCUUUAAUUAACUACACAGUAAAAAUGUUAGGAAAAUUCAAAAUUUCAAGGGAACUUUGUGCACUAGAUUUUUGGGUAACGCUUUAUAUUAAGGUCCUUGUAAUAAUCAUAAAUUAACAAGUAAUAAGGCCCUUGUAAGUCCUUACAAGAUGCUUAUUAACAUUACUGUGUUUUUAUAAGCCAAUAUAAGUGUUAAUAAUGGCAUUAUAAUACAGCUAAUAGCAGGCUAUAAGAGAUUUAUAAUAAGAACAUAAAUAAAAGCCUCAUGAGUAUCUUAUAAUUCUUCAGUAUUAACAGUAACAGUAUUACACCCAUAACCCACCCAUUAUGUCUUUGCCAUGCCUUUAUUAAUCUUUUGUUCGCUUAUUGAUAUUAAAAUAUACUUUAUUGCUCAUCUAUUAUAAGUUAACUAUGCACUUGUUAACAGUAAUGCUUUUUGCAGCUAAAGGGAUCUAAAGCGAGAACAAUGCCUUAUUACUUAUUACUUUUGAGGAGAACUAAUUAUAAUUUUUUGUUUUUUCAUAUGUACAAUAACUUACAUUUCUGAGUUCUAUGUAAUAAAAAUGUCAAAUAAAGGAAGUUAAUUCAUUCAUGAUCCGUUUUUCUGACUUGAGUCACGGGAGGCUGGAGCUGGCUGGCAUUGGGCAAAAGGUGGGGCUUCAUUUGAAAAACCUCCAUAGAAGUGUUUAAUGAAUAACAAAACCCCUCAUAAAUACAUGUUUGUAGCUCAUUUAGAUUUUGAAACAGCUUUAUGGUUAAACUUUAGCAUGACAACAUUUUUAUUAACAUUUAUUCAGUUUAUUCAGUGAUGUUGAGAUUAUAAACUGAUUUAUUGGGAAGGACUGCCUGGUUUAAAGGUUGUAUUUUGUGGGCUUCAGUCAGAUUUCAUACUCAUCGUCUGUCAACAGAGAGUGGAAAUGUGUGCAUUAAAACAGUACAGGUGAAGAGAGACAACAGGUCCAUCCUUUCCACUUUCUCUCACUAAUAACCAGAGGUGGAAGAAGUAUUCAGAUUCCUUACUUAAGUAAAAGUACAAAUACCACCCUGUGAAAUUACUCCACUACAAGUGAAAGUCCUGCAUUCAAAACUAACUUAAGUAAAAGUAUCAGCAUCAAAAUGUACUUAAAGUAUUAAAAAUAAAAGUACUUGUUACGCAGAAUGGUCCC